GGCGGCGGAGGGGCGUCCCCGUGAGUCGCGGAGCCGUGGGCGUGGGGGAAUCGCCUCGGGGACCAGGCCGGCGCCGAGGCGGGAGCCACCGUGUCCUCGCAGAGCGACGAGGCAACCUCGGGCCGGGAGCGCGGGCUGGGCGCAGCGGCGUGAGUGCGGCUGGCGGGAAGUCGCGGAGGCCGUGCACCUGUUGCCCACUCCCCGAAGUGCUGACCUCUCCCGCGGAUGACCACGGUCCGCUCAUAACACUGAGGAGGUGGAGGCACGAUAUCGCAGUGUUGUCUUCAGCACCUUCGGGAUCCUAUUCACCUUCAGAGCCCUCUUGCAGGGCCUGGGUGCUGCCUCUCACCCAGAGUUCUCUCCGUGGAUGUGUACUGAACUGCCGUUGCCAUGUUGCCACUGUGCUCGGAGCAGACCCUGAACGAGCUGCUGAGUCGCAAGGAGGAGGAGUGGAGGGCGCUGCGGGCCCACCGCGCCCAGCUGCAGGAGGCGGCUCUGCAGGAUACGCAGAGCCGGCUGCGGGAGGCACAGGGGGAGCUGCGGCGCCUGCAGGAGGACUUUGUCUACAACCUCCAGGUGCUGGAGGAGCGGGACCGUGAGCUGGAGCGCUACGACGCCGCCUUUGCCCAGGCCAGAGGGCAGGAGGAGGCCAGGCAGGCCGAGGUGAGCGAGCUCAAGAUAGAGGCGGCCAAGCUGAAGCAGGCGCUCGCCAGAGAGGCCAGGCGGGUGGAAGAGCUGCAGCAGCAGCAGCAGAUGGUGCUUCAGGAGCACCGCCUGGAGCUGGAGCGCCUACACAGUGACAGGAACGGUGAGAUCGACCACCACCGGGAGCAGUAUGAGGAUCUGAAAUGGAGGCUGGAGAGGAAGCUGCAGGAGCUCGACGGGGAGCUUGCUCUGCAGAGACAGGAGCUGCUGCUGGAGUUCGAAUCUGAGAUGCAGAAGAGGGAGCAUGAGUUCCGCCUGCAGGCUGACGACAUGAGCAACGUGGUCUUGUCCCACGAGCUCAAGGUUAAAUUGCUGAACAAAGAACUUGAGGCUUUGAAAGAAGCUGGAGCCAAGGCUGCAGAGUGUCUGCAGAGGGCACAGACGGCGAACUCGGAGUUAGAGGGGAAGCUCCAGCGCCAAGCCUGGGAGCUCCGGGACCUGGAGGCCGUGAAGGAUGCCCGGAUAAAGGACUUAGAGGGUAAACUUUGCUCUGUGCAGCUAACCAGUAAGAAGGAAGAGGAAACAUUUAAAAGGAAGCAUGAGGAGCUUGACCGUUUGGCCAGAGAGAGGGACGCGGUGCUGGCAGCGGUGAAGGAUGCCCACACAGAGCAGCAACGGGCGCUGGAGGCCAGGGUUCUGGAGCUGCAGGCCCAGUGCGAGAUCCUCGAGGUACAGCUCCGCAGGGCCGAGUGGAGACAGGCGGACGCCGUCCAGGAGAAGGACACCAUCAUUGACCAACUUCGUGAAGACGCAUCAGCUCUCAAAGCUGGCUGGGAUGCCCAGAUUGCUCAAAUGUCCAAAGAGGUGAUCGCCAAAGACCUUCAGGUUCAAACGCUGCAGGGACAGGAGGCAAAGCUCAAGGCGCAGUUGGCCAGAUUUCAGCAGGACAUUGAAAGGUACAAGCAGCAGCUAUCUCUGGCCGUCAAAAGGGAACAGAGCCUGGAGCGUGAUCAGGUGCAGCUGGGCCUGGACUGGCAGCGCCGCUGUGAAGACAUCGAGAGGGACCAGAUCCAGAAGUCAGAGUCUUUGAUUCAGGGUCUGACAGCGGCAAGAGAGCAGGUUGCUGCCAAGCUCCAGGAGACGGAGCGCACGCUGCGUGAGCAGGAGGUGGUGCUGAAGGCCUUGGCCCUGGAGCGGGACCAGGCCCUGCAGAUGCUGAAGAUGCACGGACUCCCCGGGCUGGAGGCACAGGUCCUCUCAAAACAGCAUGGAGAAGAAACCAGUGAAAGGCUUCCAGCUAGUGAGACCCAGCGGCUGCGAGAGCAGAACGCAAGCUUGCGAGACGCUGUCGCACAAAUGAGGAGAGACAUGGAGGCUCUGAGUGACCACAUCCUUCCUUCUGCCCAGUUAGCAGGAGAGACCUCAGCUACCAACCAGCCCAAUCCCAAGGCAGGAGGGGACACCAGCACUCCUGAUUAUGUUCUGGCCCUUGAAGCAGAAAUACAAACUCUAAAGCAUAAAUUUAAAGCACUGGAAGAACAGCUAGAAGAUGUGUUAGAUCCUUCAAAGACGUCCUCCUCUUACGCUGAUACUCAACCCCGUGUCCAACCCUCCGCAGAGACCACCGGAGGAUCCGUCCAGGCUGGUCAGGUGUGUGUUGGACUGGCGCUCAGGAAGCUCAGAGACAGAGUGCAUCUCUUGAACUUGCUGGUGACACGGCUCCGACAGAAGGUGCUGCAGAAACCCCUGGAGCUGGGCUCCGUCCAACGCGAGCUUCCCCAUGAGGUGGACCAGGUGCAUCUGGAGGUUUUGGAGCUGCGGAAGCAGGUGGCUGAGCUGGGGACGUAUCUCGGGACAGCCCGGCAGGAAGGAGGGGAGCCUUCAAGCAAGAAGCAGCCGCACACCAUGGGCACCACAGCCCUCAGGACAGAGGGCCUUGCAGACAGAGGACCCGCUCAGACCAAGGACCAGGGGGAGUUCUCCAUGCACCUCCGGCCAGGAGCACAGCCCCCACAGGCCUUAUCUGUACACCGACUGCAGAGGAAACUGAAGGAAGCAACCAGAAAAAUCCUCAGCCUCCGCCUGGAGAAGGAACAGCUCAUCGAGAUGGGGAACAGGCUCCGUGCCGAGCGGGGCCACCCCAAAGGGAAACCUCCCCUUCAUCCGCCUGUCCCCACCCCUGAGACCCAGAGCCCGGGAGAGCUGCCUCAGGUGUCUUCGGAUCACAGCCAACCUUUGGGACAAUUGCAGCCCCGUUUUACAACUCAGGGCCGUGAGAGUGCCAAGAAAGAAUGUUUUUCCGAGCACUUGGGAAGGAGCCCUCCCUGCUUGGCACGGAAGGUCGGCAGGAACGCUGCAACGCGUGGUGGUGGGGCAGGAGCAGCAGCGCCCAUCCAGAGACAGCAGAAAAUCUCCACAGUGACUUGCAAAUCAACCUGUCAGAAGGAAAACAGGUCCCCAAAGCUGCAGAAGGCUCGAGAAUUCCCUGAGGAGGACGGCCACCACACCCAGAGAUCAUCAUCAUUGGCCAGCAGUUCCCUUCAGGACACGUGGAAGCUACUAGACCUGGGGUCCAGCCCUUCUGGCCUCACCUCCCAGGAUGACUCCACUCCAGAGCUCCCAGCACCGGCAGCCGACAGGAGCGCCCCCGCCAAGACACAGGCAGCCUUUGCUGUCGAAGGGAUGAAGAUGCCAUCCCAGUCAAAGGCCAAACCUGCCACACCCUCCAGGUCUCAUCUUGCAAGAUCUAAAAGCUGCCCGCAGCCCCCGAAGAUCCGUAACUACAACCUAAAGGACUGAUUUCCUUGGCCACCUCCUACACGGCAGACCCCACACAGGCUCCCCACGGGUGCUCGGGCCUGUGCCUAGCGACGCCAGGCGUGUGUGCGUGCCCACCGCCACAGGGUGGGGCCGUGAACUGUAGAGCAGGCUCCCCCGCUGCCCAGAUGGCCUCGCGACUGAAGGCCUCAUGACCAAAGGCCUCGCUGACCAACC